AUGUGAAUCAAUUUGUAUGAUGCAUAUGUGAAUUAUAAGUAGGUGUAGCACAUGAUCAACCAAUAUGAAACGACGGUGAGUGUCUAACAAGGAAUAUCAAUCAACAAGUAUUAAUCUCAUUGGGGAAAUCAUCAGCGAUAAGUUUAAAAGGACGGAGUUAUCAAUAACUGCUUUCUAACAACGAUGGUUAUUCAUGAUCCUGCAAACACACAUGUUCUUCAACAAUCAGUACCAUAUUACGUGCUCGCAGACACGUAGUAGGUUUACACAGGUUUGCGCAGAGAAUCGCAAUGAUAUUCAAGAGAUGGUCACGCAAAGGGGAUACCCCUGGUACCUUCAGGAAGUUAUAUUAUUACGAUGACCUGCAUCCGCUAAGAUACUUGUGUAUGUCAUGGGUAUAUGGAUGGGUAGAUUAUAUUGCUAAAGGUAAAUGUGACCUGGAAUCCCUUCAUCCACUACCCAAAGCUGACCGACUUUCCGAAUGGCAACAAACAUUCUCCAAAUACAUCAGCGAUGGUGUUUUGCAAUUGGAGCUCACCGAGUCCAGAGCUUCGGAGUCAACAUCGAAGGGCCAGAAAAAUAGUUGCAAUCACACCAUCUUUUUGAGAGCAAUGGUUCUAACAUUUUGGCGCCGUGGGUUGUUAACGUUGCUUGGUAGCGUCUGCGUAAGUAUAAUCAGUAUGACUACAGCUAUUCUCUUGAAGUAUCUGUUUGAUAUUCUUUCCUCUGAUUCCGAAAUGCACACGCGGUCCCUUGGGAAGAUUGCUGCUAUUGUGAUGGUAGUGGUUCUGGUUGAAUCCUUACACUCUACUCUGGACCAGCAUGUACAAUUGUACGUCAGCAGGUUGCAAAUAUGCAUGGAAGCUUCCAUAGCUAUCACAUUGUUUCAACAUGGAUUGUGUUACCGUAGAAACUAUUCUCUGACACUUAAAUCGCGUGAUAAUAUGGAGUCGUGCAAUCGUGUGUUGCAUUACAAUGAUGGCUUUGAAAACAAAUGCUCAAGGAAUUCACUGUCCUGUCCUGCUCAACGUCAUCAAAACCGUGAACUGCCCCCAAGCAUGUAUACUCACAUGGUUCUGGAUGCUACUGCCAUAACAUUAGCUGUGGAUUCUGUCAUAUCUCUGGUGAAAUUUUUAUGCAGUUUUAUUUCUGGCGUGGCAUUUGUAAAGGCGGUAAUGGAUUUCCCUAUUCUGCUGCCUACGAUUACCAUAGUUAUUGCCGUCGUUUCUAUGAUAUUCAUAGAGUUGAUAAAUGGAUCUCUGCGAAAUUAUUCGCUGGAAUCAGUUGAUUCACGUAUAGCCGUCAGCUCUGAUGUAUUGGGAAAUUUGGAACUGUGCACUGCCAUGGGAGUGGAUGAUGUAUGUUAUCGCUCCAUAGAAUAUAGCCGUCAAGACGAACUGUCGGUGCUAAGGAUUAGUUUAUUCUUACGGUUCCUAUCUCGGAGUGUUGAACGUUCUGUAGGGAUAGUUUUGUUUUGGGUUUUCGUGUUUGUUUUCAACAGGGAAGUAACAAGAGUAGAACCUGGAGGCGCAUUGAAAUUUCAAUUGAGUGAACUUAUCUCACUGAUUUUCAUUAUAACUAACAUCGUGGUGUCAUGUAAACAUCUGCCAAGAGCUUUUCGCCAAUUCAUCGAGUCUGCCACUUCCUAUGGUCGCGUAGAAUCAUUUUUACGCAACUGUUCACCAAAUUUUUAUCUGGACAUAAGCUUGGACGAAAAUGAUACUGAACGGGUUGGUCAACAAACUGUACCUAGCGAAAUGUCAGCUGAUACAUUGGUUUACUUCAAAGAUGUAUCUUUCAGUUAUUAUUCAACACGGAAACAAUUGUUGGAUGAAGCAAGCCCCAAUACGAUGCCUUUGCUGAAGUCACUGAACUUUAUACUAAAACGCAAAGAUAUUUGCAUAAUAACUGGUAACCAAGGCAGCGGCAAAACUAGUUUUAUUAAAUCGAUCCUUGGGGAAAUGACCUUGGUUUCUGGUAGUAUGGCAGUGGCACCCUUGUCCACUGGUAUGCCCAUUUUUUACAGCUCACAAGAUAUAUGGCUACCAAGAGGGACUAUUCGAUCUGUUAUCACCUUUGGCUACACCUUUGACGAAGAAGUUUAUAAUCAAGUGUUACGCAGUGUCGAACUUGAAUCAGAUAUACAAUCUUGGCCAGACGGAGAUUCACGUGUCAUUUCUGAGCAAGGUUACUCACUGAGUGGUGGGCAACGUGUUAGAGUGGGUCUGGCUAGGGCCCUUUAUGCAUAUAUGAUAUUCAGCAAAGCUAAUGAACAACUGGAGAACCGUUGUUGCUUCCUUAUGUGCCUAGAUGAACCAUUAGAAGGACUAGAUAUGGUCGUUUGCCAAACCAUUAUAUACAGACUAUUCAAUAGAAUAGAUGGAUUAUUGGUACGUGAUGAUGUUGCUGUGGUCAUGUCCAUAUCAAACAUGUCGCUUGAUAUUGGUAUGCUACGCGAUUCGCCUAAAUCCUUAGUAAAGAUGGGCAUUUAUGUUAUUGAAGACAAUCAGCUGAGAGAGCUUGAGGCAAUUGGUUAUGAGCGCAAUCCAGUAGAAAAUAAAACGAAUUCCAUUUCAGAUCUACCCAAAGAAACUAACGCCUAUCAUUCAUUUAAUAGAAUGUCUCAAAGGUUAAGUUGUGGCACAUUACUAUCAUUAAAAAUGAAUGACCCUGUGAGCCCAAACGAUCUCGGCAACAUGGAUGACGCUCAAUCGAAUAGUCAGGAAUGUGAUAAUACGACAUUUUCCUACACGUGGAGCGCUUAUAGAGUGUACUUAAAUGCAGUGAGUCAUUUGUUAUUCACGGUUCUGAUGAUAUUUCUUGGAUUAAGCAAUGUCAUGGUUAACUUGAAACUUUUGGUGACUGCCAGAUGGGUAGAUGGUAUGCGUCGUGUAAAAUCAUCUGAGAGUAUAGCAGCCCUAAUGUCACAUCACCAAAUACAUUACUUCUGGAUCACAUUGUUGACUUUGUCGUCGCUUGUGUGCUUUGUUAUAUUGAUUUUUUCGGUAGUCACCACAAGCUUGAAAGGUUCCAGGUGUAUUCAUACAUUCGCAAUUAAGUCUAUUUUUCAAAGAACAUUUGGGGAAUUUGAAUUCAAAGAACGUAUAGGUUCUUUAAUGACAUUCCUCACAAGUGAUAUUCAUAUAAUUGACGAGAUGAUUGCCAGCUACCUAUAUGAAUCUACUUUCUCUCUCCUUGCGUUCUUGAUUAAGUUAGCAAGCUUAUUCUACAUUGUACCUGUCGCUGUUCCAGUGCCAUUGGUAACCUUCUUAGUAUUGUACUUCUGUGUUCAUCGCAAAGUUUUGCGUUCGGCAAAGAUUUUGCAACGCUUGAUGUUGGAUGCAAAUAGCAAUGUCAAUAGCGUAUAUAACGAGGUGAUCUCAGGGUCUUCAAUAUAUCGCAGCUUUUGCAAAGAAAGAAUGUGGCUAAAUGAUGUACGGUUACGAUCGGAAGAAUACUACCGUACACUGUUUUUGAAGGCAGCUUAUACGACAUGGGUAUCCUUAAUAACAAGGCUCAGUGUAUCGGUGAUGAUUGCCAUUUUCAUAGCGAUACCUAUAUUGCGUUCUUAUUUGGGCCAUACUGAAUUAAAUGUAGCACACCUGGGAGUGGGAAUGUCAAUGUGUCUGGGCUUCGGUCAUAGUUUACAGUGGUUGAUCAUCAAUUAUGCCCAUUUAGAGAAGUACAUGUGUUCUGUAAGACGAUUUGAGGAUUUCUUUUUGAAAGAAGGCGUAUCAUUGAAGCAGAAAUUUGAAAGCAUGGAUGAAUCUAUCAUAUCAGGCUCCAGAUCGCCUGACAGCUCAAAUAUCAGACAAAUUGGCAAUGAAAUUGGAGCUGGCCAUUCAAAUGGUAUUCAAUAUUCAGAAAUUGAUAAAUCAGAUCCUUCUGUUACACUCGAGAUAAACGAAAUACAAAAUGUUAUUUAUGACGAUGCUGAAGUAAUGGAACAAUUGCUUCAUAGACGACGGAUGGAAUAUCGUCUUUUCCAGUUUCGACGUUACACUUCAGUAUAUGGAUGGUUCUUAUAUAAACCUAGAAUAGAUAUGUUAGAUGCUUCGCCUUAUCUGUCACCGAACACCACUUUGGAAUUGCGUGGUGUCGCCGUGGUUGCCGACUCAUCGGAUGAUUCCAUUAAUAAAGUAUAUCGGUUAAAGCCCAUAAGUUCUGGCGCGGUUAAAGGAGAUGUUAUCGGUAUCAUAGGCCGUACAGGUGCUGGCAAGAGCACAUUGCUUAGUGUUAUACAAAAUGUAGUGCCCGGUAGAUUAGGUUCCGUUAUGUUAAAUGGACACGAUAUAAACAUGAUUCCACGUCGUAUAUUGCGGCAUUUGAUUGGAGUAUUGCCUCAAUUGCCUUACAUAUUUAAAGGUUGGACUCUGAGACGUUUUGUCGAUCCUCGUAUGAUGUACUGCGAUGAUGAAAUCAUGGAUUCCAUAGAACGUUGUGGAUUGACAGACCUGGUCAACGUUUUUUCACGUUCGGAAAUCUUAGAUACCGUGCUAAUAUCUGACAACAUUACUGCUCGUCGUAGACUCUUCCUGGCUGCACCGCUUGGGCCAUUGACUUCUAAUCCAUGUGAACAGUGUACCUGUAUUAUUUUGAACCCAGAAUCGUCAAACGAUCGUCAGGUAUUAUUAUCCUCAUCACAGCAGCGCCAACUUAUGUUUGCAAGGUUGGUGCUCUAUCGUAAUACAUUCCGCAUCCUUCUCAUUGAUGAACCUCCAUGGACAAAUAACGGUGCCCUAGAUAUAGAAGAUAUGCCAUCGGCCAUUGCAUCUGAACAGUCAAUAAACUCGCUAGUACGACGUUACUUCUCACAUUGUAUCACAUUCAUUGUGGCUCAUGAUCGUCAUGCAUUACAAUGUUGUUCGAGACUGUGGUACGUACAAGAUGGGCACGUUAGUGAAGAUAAAUCUGUUGAAGAACUCCUGAAUGAACAUUUCACUGAUACCCCAAAUAUGUAGUACAACCUUUGAAAUAUAUUAUAUAAGCGUACUCUGUUUA